CGAGGCGGGGAGCUGGGCGCAGGCCGCCGCCGCCGCAGCUGCAGGGCGGGGAAGGGCCGCUGCGCAGCGCAGCACCGCGGGGCGAGCGAGAGACCGUCAGGCAGCGCCUCGCGUCGUGCGCCUCCUCCAGAGCCGCCAGGGUGGGAGCGGGCAGAGCCGGAGACGCUACCGACCCGCCGCCCGGCCGCGGACCCGACACCGAGAGGAGGGAAGCAGCUGCCGCCAGGCCCCGUCCGCGCAGCCGAGCGAAGGGACCACUUCAUCCAUCACUGAAAUGGAGCCACUUCUGGGAUGUAAAACGGCUACUGUUUAACAACGCACAGCAACACUGCACAGCAUUUUAGGAUGGAACUGAAGAAGAAUACUGUUUCCAAAUGAAACCCCAGGGAGAAUUUUAGGAAGAAGGAGAGCACAAUAAGAAACACACCAAAAAUAAAGCUGAGUAAAAGCUCCAUGCAAAAUGGGGAAAACUUUCUUAAUACACAGUACUGACUGAUGGGAUUUACAAACCCCCACGCUGAGGCUGAGGCAGGGGAAGGGCUGGAGCAGUACUGGGCUUGGAAAGCCUGCCUGUUGGAUAAUGCCAACUAUGCACCGGUGGAGAAGAUCCGUGUAAAGCGUGCUUCAACAGCACCAGACAAUGGAAGAAGGAGAGAGGGCAUUUCCUGGAGGAGCACCAUUCUUCAGCAACAGCUGGUGUCUCAGGUAAUUCUGCUUAAAGGAUUUGAAGAAAGAAAUGUGGCCCUAAGAAAACUAAGGGAUUGGCAAGACAGAGUUGCUGAAGUCCUUUAUGAUGCCUGAUAGUUGUGAGAUUCAUUUCAAUUCUGACUCUGAUGAUAUUCACUAUUCUAGAAGGGAUGAGGUGUCACUGGCUCUGUAGAGAGCCCUUUCCAGCCCCACUGUCGCAGACCCCACUCUGUCACUCACCAGCGAGGGGUGCCAGAGAUCUCUGCUUUGUCCCAUGAUGUCUGCAACCUUUCUCACACGUUUCACCUGCAGGGAUUGGGCAUCAUUGGCCCUGCAGCUAUGCUCAGUGAUGAGGCAAGCCAGGCACAGAGCUUUAAUGGAAGAAGUGGGGUAGCCUCCUGGCUGGUUGUUUGGUGUGUGUUCUUCCAUCUGACCAGUAUCACUUCAGUCUUGUUUGGAUUCAACUUGAAGCAGCUGCUUUUCAUCCAGGAGCUGAUUUCUUGUGAAGUAGGAACUGCAGAAGGAAGACCUGUACAGUUUGCAAUAAUGCCAUUCCCCUUUGGCAAGUCCCACAAGUCUCCUGCAGACAUAGUGAAGAAUCUGAAGGAGAGUAUGGCAGUUCUAGAAAAGCAAGAUAUCUCUGACAAAAAGGCAGAAAAGGCCACUGAAGAGGUUUCGAAAAAUCUGGUUGCCAUGAAGGAAAUAUUAUAUGGCACAAAUGAAAAAGAGCCACAAACAGAAGCUGUGGCACAGCUUGCUCAAGAACUGUACAACAGUGGUCUUCUUAGCACCCUAGUAGCUGACUUACAACUCAUCGAUUUUGAGGGCAAAAAAGAUGUUGCUCAGAUUUUCAACAACAUUCUCAGAAGGCAAAUUGGUACAAGAACUCCCACAGUGGAAUACAUCUGCACUCAGCAAAAUAUAUUGUUCAUGUUAUUAAAAGGGUACGAAUCUCCAGAAAUUGCUCUAAAUUGUGGAAUAAUGUUAAGAGAAUGCAUUAGACAUGAACCACUUGCUAAAAUAAUCUUGUGGUCAGAACAAUUCUAUGAUUUCUUCAGAUAUGUGGAAAUGUCAACAUUUGACAUUGCUUCAGAUGCGUUCGCCACGUUCAAGGAUUUACUUACGAGACACAAGUUGCUGAGUGCAGAAUUUUUGGAACAGCAUUAUGAUAGGUUCUUCAGUGAGUAUGAGAAGUUACUUCAUUCAGAAAAUUAUGUGACAAAAAGGCAGUCACUUAAGUUGCUUGGUGAAUUGCUAUUGGACAGACACAACUUUACAAUUAUGACAAAAUACAUCAGUAAACCUGAAAAUCUGAAACUAAUGAUGAAUCUUCUACGAGACAAGAGUCGCAACAUUCAGUUUGAGGCCUUUCAUGUCUUUAAGGUGUUUGUAGCCAAUCCUAACAAGACACAGCCUAUAUUAGAUAUCCUCUUAAAGAACCAGACCAAACUUAUUGAGUUCCUCAGCAAGUUUCAGAAUGACAGGACCGAGGACGAACAAUUUAAUGAUGAGAAGACCUAUUUAGUUAAACAGAUCAGGGAUUUGAAGAGACCAGCACAGCAAGAAGCUUAAUCUCCAACAAACCCCUAAAAUAUUAAACCCAAAUUCAGCAUUUGCUGUUAGAUAUUCAGCAUCAGGCACUCUUAUCAAUUCAUGAGGAACAUUACUGCUAAUCUGCUGUUCAGUGAACGGUUUUUGUUUUCUCUCUCCUUUUUUAGUCCAAGUUGAAAAACAUAGCUGCUGCUUUCUUGCACAAUGUGGACUUUCUUGAUAUUUGUGUCAUUUCAGAAUUCAAAGACACUGCUUGUUUUAGGAGUCCUGGAAAAAGAGAUACUAGAUUCAUGAAAGCAAACAUAGAUGAUAGUUUGGUUUAGGAAAGAAGGUAUUAAUGUAGUUAAGCAACAGGUUGCAUGCUUGCAAAUCUGAUUAAAUCGUAUGUUUGCACUUACCUUGUUUGAGAUAUGAGCACAAUGUGACCUGUGCAUACAUGGCACCAUAGUAUAAAAUUGUAUGCCUUGAUUAAAAAAAAAAAAGUGCAGUGCUUUACUUGUAAUCAAAGGGGAAAUGUAUCUAAGAUGUGAGCUUACUGGGAUAAACAGUUGUCUUGCAAAUAAACUCAACUUAGCAACUUUUAAAAGAGUGAAAUCUUGAGGUUCAUAAGGAAAAUGUAUAUAAUAUGCCUUUCACUGCUUUAUAGAUUUUUUUUUUCUCAUGAUUUUCUGAGAAUUGAGUUGUAAACUUGGAAAUAUGUUCUAAGGGUUUUGUUAAUUUUACUUUGAAGAUAUUUCAAACAGUAGAGCUAGCAGUGACACUUCGCAUUUCAUUUCAACAAUGCUUGCUGGUUUCUUUUGUAUAUAACUCCUAGGCUGCUCAUUUCUUUAAAAAUAUGAUUUAAUUUGUACAGCAGAGGAAUGUUAUUGUAUUAGUCUGUAACUAUUACUUAAUAUUGAGUUCUGCAAAAUGAAUGCUCAUAUGUAGCUGAAUACUUCAGAUCAUCUGAGAAUGCUGAUUUAACAUUUCUUAAAUACUGCAGCAUCAAAAGGAAAAAAACAAUUUAUUUGUAUUCACUUAUCUAAUGGGGUGCCAUCAAUUAGGUUAGGCUAAAAUAUAGAACUGGAAUCCUUUAAUCUGUAUUCUUACUGGUUAAUAUUGGCCUUAUUCACUUAAAUUAGCACUGUGUUCUGCAAAUGGUCAAGAUUAUGAUAAACUAAUAUUGAUUCCUUUUUCUUCUGGGGAGUCUACAGAGACCACCUUUGCUUUCUUGGAGUAGAUAUCUCAGUACAAUAGUUGUGAAAGUGAAUAAUUUCCCCUUGACUUCAAGAAAAAUAAUUUCAUAGAUGGCCUACUUGUAACAAAAUGAUUUAAUUUUGUCAAAUCCUGUUCUUUAAUGCUGCAAACUGUCAGUAUUUAUAAAAAACAAACUGAUUUUGCACCAUGUUGGCUUUUGUUACUGUGACCAUAACAAAAAACAUCUACUAAAUAUAUCUAAACAAUGUUAUUAAAAUUAUAUCUAUUCAUCUUAUAAUUAUGCUAAAAUCACAACCAACUUAUGAGUUGGAGUUUGAAUGUUCAAAUUCUGCAUGGCUGAACCUGAUUGAGAAUGCCAUAAAACUUCUCAUUGCUUCCUGUCCUCUUACUAAUUACAGUUAUUUUCAGUUAGCAAGAUGAAAACCCUGAUUGACAUUUUAGCUAAUUUUGAAGCCAUUGUGAGGGAAAUCAGAUAAUAGCGCCAGAAAAUUGGGUGUUUUCACUCUCGUAAUAUAAAAUGGCUCUUAACAUUGUCAUUGAUCUCUUUAAGGUUCUUAAUCUGUCCAUAGCAAACUGAUUCAUAUUGUCUCUUGGAAAAUAGCAAAUUAAUCUUACUGAAAAUGAGAGAUCUCUAUUUUUAAAAUCAUUUCUGUAGGCAGGCAAAAUUGGCCAUUAGAUGGUAUUAUAGUUCAGCACUAACAGUCUUAUAUUUUGGUUUAUCAUAGUUGAGUGGAAGAAAACAUUAUUUGCCAAAUUAUUCUCCAUAACACACAAGGCUUCCACUUUAGAAAAAUGUAGAAAUGCUAAAAUUUAUAUAUGUAAAGAAGUGAAGAAAUUUGGAUUGGGGUAUUGGUUUUUCUCUCUCUGACUGGGGAACAGUGGAUAUAAGUUUUUUAACAUAUGAAAGCAUUUGAAUGUUGGCGUUCAAGAAAAAGUUGUAUUUAAAUUUAAGAUCAUUUUGACAUGCUAUUCAUAUUAAAUUCUACUGUACUGGAAGUAGUUUCUUCUCAUCUGCGUGAAGGCUUAAAGAUAUUACUAAAAGUUAUUUAAUGUGAGGUUGUUGUUUUUUUUAAAUAUUGAUGUAUACAGUUGUAAUUCUACUUCCAUGAAAGUAUUUCAUUUCUCCUGAGGAAAAAAUGCAUUUCUUACCAGAAAAUCUGGCUGGCCCCAUAAUUUAAAUUGAAAUAAAAUUUUGAAGAAAAUCCA